UCCGCUACAACCGAUCAAUCGAUGAUGCCCUUUGUUACGCACCUUGCGAUUGGCUAAGAUGGCAAGGCUAACGUCAAUGCCCAUUCACCUUAAAGACCUAUGUGAAGUGUUAGAUGAGAGGAAAUAGCUUGUUUUCACACACAAUAUAAGUAGAAAUCGCUUACAGGUGUAGCGUACCAUUACAGAUGUUCGUUGAUUGGCGUUCGAUAGGCCCCCAUUAGGACGACAGCACUAGUUGCUGUGUCGGCCUCGGUGGUGACGGAGCGGACAACACGAGGGCUUCGCAGGAGUACUAUCAACAACGAUGUUUAUGUGAAAGUUUUAUACGCGAACCACAUGUGUUUUAGGAGUAGUUUAUGUUUGAAAGUGUGCUGUGAACACGUCAAUUCUGCUAUUGCAACAUGGAAUUAGUAGUGAUAUUAGUAUGUCUGAUGCUGAGACUGGUGUGGGUCAAAGCCCAAACCUUAGAACCUAACUUUGAUGUACCGGUUGUGAAUGUGACAGCUAUAGCUGGGAAGACUGCCAUAUUGCCGUGUUCUGUACAGUCCCUUGGCGGUCACAAGGUGGCCUGGCUUGAUCCUCGUGAAAAGAUUCUCACUCUAGAAGAGAGGAGAGUGAUCUCGGAUGACAGGAUCAGUUUAGAAAGGCCCUAUACCAACGACUGGAAUUUGUUUAUACGAGACGUCAAACCGUCAGACAGCGGCAAAUACAUGUGUCAGAUCAACACAAAUCCAGUGAAAAUUAAAAACAUCGUCCUCUACGUCCACGAAGCUGCUUCCAUUAUUGACGAAUUGUCUAGUUUUGACACCACUGCCAGAGAAGGGGACACAGUGCAGCUAAUAUGUAAUGCUACUGGUAUUCCUCCUCCUACAGUCACGUGGUAUCGGCGUCCGUCAAGCACUAAGGAAGCAGCGAAGGAAGUGGUCGGACUUAAUGGAGAAGUAUUGGUAAUAUACAACAUUUCCAGGUAUUGCGACGACAUCUAUGAAUGUGUGGCCUUCAAUGACAUAUCGCCUGCUGCAAGCCGAGAGAUCCGAGUAGUAGUUGAAUUUGCACCUGAAAUAUUUCUGCCAACAAAACGUUUGGGACAGUAUCUGGGUAAAGAAACAAUACUAGAGUGUCGCGUGACGGCUAAUCCUCAGGUAUAUAGUACAUGGAAGAGAAAUGGAGUUGAGAUUACCAAUAACUAUAAAUACAGGGUGGAAGUUUACGAGGAGGAUAAAAACACCAUCACUAUAAGUCUGAGGAUACGAGAGAUUGAUGAGCAUGAUUACGGAACUUACACCUGUAAAGCGUCUAACUCUUUGGGAACAGACAUGGAGGAAAUGUUUCUGCAUGAGUCCUUCCCUAAGACAGUUCCGCCAACCACGACCACAGAUCUAACGUUUGAACAGCAGCAACCUUGGCAGAAUAGACCGAAUCAACAGAACAAUGGCGGUGUAGAUACUAUUUCCAUCCAUAGAAUCAACACCCGGCCGGACUAUCACAAUCAGGGUAUAGACCCGAGUCAACGCGGUAGCAGUGGCAACACCGUCUACGCUUCUCGUCUGCUGAUCCUGUUGGUUCUACUUUCCAUUGUGUUUGACAUGUAUAGGUGACCACUCAAUGAAUAACAUCUGCGUGGACUUUAUUAUCUAUUUCCCAUUUGUACAUAUCAUUUACACUCAUCGCCAUGUUUACAUCGAUUAUCAGUCUUCUUCAUAUUCACCAUAGCCGACUGCAUACAAUCGCAUUCUCUUGCAGAUCAUUAUAAUAUAUAGAGUGUACCAAAUUAGGAUAUUUUCAACAUUUGAGACUUUUUCUAUAUUUAUUUGAAAUCGUUUUUUUACGUAAGCCUUUUGUUUAAUCUCAUCAGAAAUCAAAAUUACAAAAUAAUUGCCGUUUUACCUUCAGCGAAUAGUUUAUUUCUUACUCUUAGAGUAGGUUCCCUUUGGCCGCUCUUUUACUUUGAAGGAUGUAAAUAUUUCCUGCUAAGAGUAGUCUCCCUUCCUUCACACUCUUCUUAAAUGGGACGUAAUUUUCAUUCCGCGAACAGAGUAGAGUAGAAUCCCCAAUCAAUAAAGUCAUUGGAAAGAUUGAUCUAAAAGACAGUGUAAAUGUUUAAAUACUGUCUACAUGACUCUCUGACGUCAAAAUUAUUCGAGAACAGUGGAUAGGUUUGUGUGUAAGUGAACGAAAACUUUUCUGUGUGUUUUUACUUAAAGAGCAGGAUCGUGAGAAUGAUUUUGAUAGUAUCAGCAAAUAUACCUGAUGUCAAAUUAAUCGGUCUUGUUAUCCGGGAAUAUAGGAUUGUGUGAAUGUUCAGAUUCUGUCGUGUACCUUCUUUCUUUCGUCAAGGUUGUUUAACUGUCAGUGAAUCUUGUAUGUUAACAGUCAGUUGGAAAAGAACCUGUAUCAUAUUUUGUUUUCAUUUUAACCUAUUCACAUUACAACUUGUACCAUGGAACUGCUAGUAACAUUUACCAUGACAUAUAUCAUGAUAAAUAAAACUGCGUAAUGAAUUGUAUGGGACCCAGCAGACCCAAAAAUUGCAUGCUAAUUUAUCACAUUUGAAAAUAUGUUUAUUGUUCCUAAAAUCAUUAUCCCCGCUCUAAUUAUCACGUGUUAUUUGCACUUAGUGUACUACGAGAAAUGAAAGUGAAUGGAAAAUGUUUUGUCUGUAUUUUCCAUUAUUGAGAUAUAUAUCCUUACAAGUUGGUUGCAAAGUUGAGCGCUUAAGUUUUGUUUGUGUCGCUAUGGUAACGGACAUGUCAAUGGUACUAUGACGGAAGUGAUCUUUAUGGUGCACUUAUCACGAUCAGCACAGUACAUUUCCUCUCAUCACAAUCAACACAAAUAACAGAGAUUGUGAUAAUAAUAUAAUCAUUUAUAUACUUAAUACUGAAGUUCCAUUGUAAAUAUAUAUCUUUUCAAUAUUGAUGUAUACAUGUGAAUGAGUGAUAACAUUAUGCAAAAAAAUAUGAUUUGCGUAAAAGUGAGAUACUUGGAUUUGUUUGUGAAUAAAAGAUAUUCGGAAGUUGUAAGGUGAGAAGAAUUGUUUUAAUUAACCAUUAUCUUAUGAUAAUAUCAAUGUUUUAUAUAAUAGUGUAGAGGGAUAUUACCUACCGCCAAUGAUGUUGAUUCUAUAUAUUCACUAUAUACAAUGUCUCCCCUAACACGAUUUCGUAGAUAUCUCUAGUGUGCCUGUUGAAAUCACUUUUGAGUAUGUUGUAUAGGUUAUUAUACUGAUUCGUAUGUCGGGUCUAUUUAUUUCAUGACGCACAGAUAAGAGCCAUCUAAUGUUUUUGUUAUUGUUUAUAAUGUCAUAUUGGUAAAAUAAUGUUUCGACACUAAAUAAUGUUUUUCGUCGAUGUUAUUUUUACCUGGAUUUAAAAUUGAUUUUUGACGUUUUUUUAUUAGAAAUGCCAUGUGUGUGAUGAUAACGAUAAUAAAAUAACAUUCAAAUUACUGACAAACAUCUGCAAUGGCGAUGAACACAUAGUAUAUUGAAUAACAUCCGGAAUACUGGACAACAUCCGUAAUAAUGAAUAAUAUCCGGAAUGAGGAAUAUCAUUCAGAAUAGAGAACACAAUCCGGAAUACGAUAUAACAUCUAGAAUUCUGAAUAAAAUCCGGAAUAUUGAAGAACGUCCCGAACAUCAGUUUGGUUUUUUGUUUGUGUGUAUUUAUCCUAACAUUCCCUCGUCUCGUGACACAUGUUAUAUGUCUGCCCGGUUGAUUUGGUAAAUGAUAAAAUUUACUAUCAUUAAUGUCAUUCCACACUAAUAAUCGCAAUACACGGAUUAAUGAUAGAUGUAUUAUUGUUUGUAGAAUAUGUGAUGUUAUUUUUCGUUGUCUUUUGAUACGCCACUAAAUUUUAUAUGCUGUUAAUUUCAUUCUUUCAAGAAGAGUUACUUCUGGAAUGUCGAGGACGUCAAUCAAGAGAAAACAAAAACAGAUAUACAAAACUGUACAUAAUUAAUGUAUAUCUGUUACGUAUUUGGUUCAUCAUGUUUGGAAAUAGCAUAAAUAAAAAUCAAUCUCAGAAAAUAUCUCCAUCGUACAAAAUAAAUGUAUUUGGGUUUAUCAGGUUAUUGAUCGUCUACAGAGGUAUGGUAAUUAGUUACAUUAACCUUUGUUCAUUGUGUCCUGUACAUACAUUAUAUCUUAUCUUGUCAAAAAAUCGUAUAGAAUCAUUUAUAUUUGAAAAACUAGGAAAGAAGAAGAAAUGAAAUUAAUUUUAAGAGAUUAAGAAGGUAAGAAGAUCGGAGUACCUUUUCCGUUCCAUGCUUUUUGGAAUCAUAUGAAACGUUAAAAUUGUAUGCAUGGGGUGUAAUGUUUUGUCAUAUUGAUCAGCUUGGAAGGAAAAUUGGGGUUGAAUUAACUAUUGAACGAUACAUGAAAUGUGUUAGGUAGGAAUAUCUUAAACGUUGAAAUUUUCGCCGCGGGUUAGAUUUCACCCUUUUUUGUUAUAACACGAAAAUAAAAAUAUGACUAAGAUUUGAAGUGAAAUCUAUGAUAUGUAUCAUUGUCUUAUUAAGACGAAUUAACACUGGAUGAAUAUGAAUAUUUCAAGGUAGGUCGAACAUAAUGCUGGGUGAAUGUUCAUCGUCUUCAUCGAAGACUCAGCUUUCUAAGUAAUGAAAUUGGAUAUACCGUUAUGAAUAUGAUAUAUAAUUAAGUAAAUGUUCACCCUCUCGUAAGUAGAAUACAAUUGUAGUGUAUUUAUUUGUUAUUUGGUGAGAAAGGUGUAGAUGAGGACGCGAAAGAAAAAAUGAGUCAUAUGUAUGAGAGUUGACAUUUCCAGAAAACUGAGUUAACUGAAUUUCAAGAAUUACUUUAAAAUUAAUUUGGUACGUUUACAUCCAGAAUCUACCCACACAAUAACGAUAUUAAGGCGCAUUAUAUAAACAUCAAACAUCUCAAUUAAUUUUGAAUUAUGUAUCGUGUGAGAGACAAUUGCUAUCAAGCGAGUUAUGCUUGUAAAUAUUGUAUUAUAAUAUGCUGCUGAAAUAAAGUGGGUCUGAAUGAU